AUGUUGCAUAGAUCAAGAGACUCAAAAUCAAGAUCAAGAGACUCAAAAUCAAUUUCUAGAAGAUUCUUUUCGCGGAAGAUUCAACUCCGGCGAUGCGGUUGGGUGAAAAAUCCUCCUCUCGUUUGCGCUCACGGCGGUGAUUCCUCCGUCGCAUUCCCCAACACCAUGGCUGCGUAUCACUCUGCUCUUAGCUCUCGAGUUGACUGUAUCGAGAUUGAUGUUUCUCGUUCUUCGGACGGAGUUUUGUUUGCUCUUCAUGAUAGGGAUUUGCAGCGGUUGUCUGGAAACACUAGUUCUAGAGUUGGUCAUAUGAGCUCAAAACAGAUAAGAGAGCUUAGUGCUUCACACCAAUCUACUGAGAAGAUUAAUGAUGAAAGUAUAACCACAAUUCAAGAUGCUCUGAUGUUGGCUGCAAGUUCUGUACGACAGAUAAUUCUAGAUGUUAAAGUUGGACCCCCAUUGUAUGAGAAAGGACUUGCCAAAGAUGUUCUCUCUAUUGUGGAGCAGACAGGGUGCAAAAACUGCCUCAUAUGGGCUAAAAGUGACAAUUUAGCAAGGGACGUCAUUAAACUCUCAUCAGAAAUUGCAUUUGGAAUAAUGCAGGUUGGCUAUAUAGUCAUGAUGGAACCUUCUACAGGGGCUAGAUCAAAAUUAUUGAGGAUGAAAGGUGCUGAGGUUGUUGGUGUCUACCACCCAUUGAUUGACGAAAAGCUUAUGAAAGUUUUGCACAGAAGGAGAAAAAAGGUUUUUGCAUGGACUGUUGAUGAUGCAGAAUCCAUGGAAAAGCUACUGUUUCAGCAGGUUGAUGGUAUUGUUUCGAGUAACCCCACUUUACUUCAACGCCUAAUGCAGGAUAUCAAAACACAAUGUUUUGAAGAAGGUUAUUCAUUGUAA